GAGAAUUAUUGUUUAUGUAUAUACCUAUUCAUUCAAAGAUUGAUUCAAGACCUCAGUGAAGUAAUAACUGGAGAUGAAACUGUUUGUUAUUUUCAUACUUUUGACCUUAUUUUUCGUGAUUGAUUGUUACGGUGAUGAGAUAUUGGAAUAUCAGAGGAAUCAAAAUGAGCAUGGAUAUCAUUUCAAGUACAUAACGAGUAGUAGACAAGAAAGAGAAGAAACUGGAGUAAUAGAAAAUGUAGGAGGACAAUUCAUCAUGCGAAUCAAAGGAUAUUUUUCCUACUUCAACUUGGAUGGUGACUUAUAUGAAGUUUCUUAUACAGCUGAUGAAGGAGGAUAUAGGUCUGAAGGACAUUUAAUACCAUAUUCUGAUGAAAAACAGUCAGGAGAAUCACAUCCUCCUUUUCCAACAUUGAGAAUAUCUCCAGCAGCAUUGGCUUCUCUAGCAGGUGGUGGAUUAGGAUGAAAUACUCAAUUUAUAUGAGUACAUGAAUCAUCGGAUUGUAUAAGCAGUCUUGCGCUACUUUGGUAGUAUCAUGUUUGUAAACUUAUGAUCGUAUUCAGUUUCCUGUGUUCCCAUCGUACUUUCCACAAUGUUCGAAUACAAAUGCUGUAAUGAUUUUAUCAUCAUUCCAUUUAUCAUUAUAUUUCCUGCAUUACAAAUUAUUUCAUCAAUCAUCAUAUUAUCAAUAUAUCUACAUACAUGUUUUGAAUCAUUGCCUAUAAUUAUUAUAAUUCAAAUUCCAUCUAUCUUCAAAUAAAUUUCGAUAGCAUCUGUGCCAUCUUUCGGUUGGUACCGCAACUUUUAAAUAUAUUACAGGUUACUGAAUCUGCCAAAAUAGAAUUCUCUCAGACGACAUCGAGCUGUUUGUCAAUAGUAUCGAUAUUAAGAGUGCGUUGCGGAACGAAAAAGAAUAACGUUAACGAAGAACUCAAAACUUCUUCUUUUUAUCUGAACCACCAGAGAGAACAGUUCAUAACGGAGAACGCAAGUCGGUGACAGUCUGGUAUGAUCGGAUCAAAUUAAAAAUAUCUGGAUAAUCUAAAAUGAUUCCGAUGUAAUAUCGAGACUUAUUAAUCGUUGCAAUCAUCAGUAACUCUUUAAUCAGUAUAUACUGCAGAAUAUAAUGUCAUAGGUUAAUAUAAAUAGGUCUGAUCGACGGCCAUUUUAUAAGUCACUAAUAAUCGUUUUCUUUUUGAAAAAAAGUCAAUCAUUCAUUGAAUCAAUAUUUGUAUAAGAUAAAUCAGAACUUUUGAUUCGUACACCUUUGAUGUUAAUAAUAUUCUUAUGAUUCAACGUUAUUUCCUCUACGUUUCAACCGGACGUUUUCUUUCUCGUGUUUCGUAUUUUUGUUUCAGCCACCUUUGAAGUUCUUCGUCGCAGUAUAUCCUAUUAUCAGAGGCUCUGCCAUAUUUUUGGGUAUCUUGUCGCAGAACCUAGCGAAACGAGGACGAAAGAUGAAGUUGGAGAUUGUCAGCUCAUGGAAUGCAAGCUCCAUUGAACUUUUGAAGG